UAUAAAGCGCUUGUGUUCACAUUUUUAACACAAGUUUAGCCUAACACAAGUUUAGCCAUUCCUAUUUUCCCUUCAAAGAAUGUAACGUAUUUUGUCUGAUCGAAGUAAAUUUAAUUUCCUAGAACGUCUGAGGCCAUACAUUAGAGUUGCCCCUUAACCACGCCUGGGGGUUUGAUACUCAUGAGCGAAGGAUCGUGGUGAAGUUCUCUAGUCAAAAGAAACCAAUAGUUUUAUACCCUUUGGGCUUUCCUGUCUUGUGGUCUCUCUAGUUUUGUUGCAGGAGAAUCGAAUCUAAGUGAGCCCACUUGGUAUAUCUAUAUAUUUCGUUAAGAGUGCACGCCAGCUGUUUGUGAUAACGUCAAAGUAACGGCAGGUGCUACUGCAGAAGAAUCACUACAUUGAUGUGCACGCUCGGCCUCCAAGAACUCCAGAAAUCUAGCGAGGAUGGCGCUGCAAAACAUGACCUGGUCUGCUGUUUGCGCAUGCACUUUGCAAGAGAGUAAGCGUUUGAUGACCGACCACUGCUAAAUCUAACACUUAUAUCGGCAAAUUUCAAUCUUUAGACUAAGUGAAGAGAGAGAGAGAGAGAGAGAGAGAGAGAGAGAGAGAGAGGGAGAUAAAGAGAGAAAGUUGCUAGCUUAGCUUGAGUGAAAGAGAAAUGGCGGUUGUUGUCGAUGCCAUUGUCGGGAGAUGCCUGGAACUAGUCGGGCAAUUGGUGACAGACGAAGUGUCGAUGAUACUGGGUGUCAAGGACGACCUCUUGAGGCUUCAAGAAAAGCUAGAAUUCAUCAAGGACUUGCUGGUUGAUGCAGAGAGGAGAAGGAUCCAGGAAGCAGCCGUCAGCCGCUGGCUGACCAAGCUGAGGGACAUCAUGCACGAUGCAGAAGACGUCAUCAACCUCUGCAGAAUCAAAGGGCGCCGACUCCUUCGAUUACGAACGAACGAACAACUUGAUCACAGUCGUUGCCACUUGUUCUCGUCGUGCUUUAGAAGAGUGGGUAGCAUUCCUCUCCGUCAUGAGGUAGGCAGCGAAAUCCGAAAGAUAAACCAAAGGCUGGAGGAUAUCUCUAAAGACAGGAUGAUGUUUAGCCUUCAACACAUCGAUGCUCCUCGUGUUUCUACAACCCAAGUGAACACUCGUCAGACUUCUCCACUGCUCAGUUCAGAUCUCGUCGGAGUAGACGUCAAUCUGGCUGCAGAUAGACUUGUGGACUCAUUAGUCAAGUCAGAAAGCAGAAAGUUACUCGUUUUUGCGAUUGUGGGGGUCGGAGGUAUCGGUAAGACGGCGCUUGCUCAGAAAAUAUAUAACCAUCAGGAAGUCCAAGGCAGUUUCGAUAAGAGACUGUGGACUUGUCUGUCUCAAAAUUAUUCGGAGAUUGAACUGAUGAAGCAUAUGAUAAGAAGUGCAGGUGGUGAUCAUGGCCAUGCCCAAACCAAGGCAGAGCUCCAGCCUCUCCUCAGCUCGGCACUUGCAAGUAGCCGGUUCCUUCUUGUAAUGGAUGAUGUUUGGCAGGCAGACGUAUGGGAGGAUCUGCUGCAGGCGCCGUUGGAGCACGGGGUUGCAUUAGGGAGCAGAGUUGUAAUCACCACAAGAAAUGAAGAUGUUGCGAGAAGCAUGAGAGCAGUUCACACUCAUCGAGUGAGCAACCUAACGGCUGAAGAUGGGUGGGAAUUGCUGUCUAAAAGUGUAUUCGGAGAUGCGGCUGAUGAAUCUAUACGGGAUUUGCAUGCGGUGGGGACGAAGAUCGUUGAGAAAUGCGGUGGGCUUCCACUUGCCAUCAAAGCCGUCGCCGGAAUUUUAAGAACAAAGGAGAGGGUCCGGAGAGAAUGGGAAAACGUCUAUAAAAGCCAGCCGGACUCUGAUGACCCAGGAAUCCAGCCAAGAUGGCUCAACAAAACACGACUUUGUCUGAGAGAGAGAGAGAUGGCCGUUGUCGUCGAUGCCUUCGUCGGGAGAUGCCUGAACUUGCUGGAUCAAUUGGUGACGGACGAAGUGGUGAUGAUACUGGGUGUGAAGGAUGAACUCCUGAGGCUUCAAGAGAAGCUGGACUUCAUCAAGGACCUGCUUGUGGACGCCGAGAGGAGGAGGAUCCAAGACAAGUCCGUCAACCGCUGGCUAUCCAAGUUGAGGGACGUCAUGUACGAUGCCGAUGAUAUCGUCGACCUUUGCAGAAUAAAGGGCCGUGAGCUCCUCCAGGGACAGGCAACGCAGCAGAUAUCCUCAUCCCCCUCGGCACGCCGCCCCCCUCGUCGCCGUUUCCUUUUCUUUUCAUCAUGCUUUAAAAGCUUGUCCGCUGUUCCUCUCCGGCAUGAGAUUGGCAAAGAAAUCCAGAACAUAAACCAAAGGCUGGAGGAUAUAUCCAAAGACAGGAUCAUGUUUAGCCUACAGCACGUCGAUGCGCCUACUGUUUCUUCGACCCAGGUGAACACUCGUCAAACUUCUCCGUUACCCAAUUCGGAUCUCGUCGGAAAGGAGGUCAAGAUGGCUGCGGAUAGACUCGUGGACUCGUUGGUCAGGUCUGAAAACGAGAACAUACUUGUUUUUGCCAUUGUGGGUCUCGGAGGGAUCGGUAAGACCACGCUUGCUCAAAAAAUAUAUAACCACAAGAAAGUGCAAGCCAAUUUCCAUGAGAGACUGUGGGUGUGCGUGUCCCAAAACUAUUCACAGAUUGAACUGAUGAAACAGAUGAUAAGGAGUGCGGGUGGUGACCACGGCCAUGCCCAAACAAAGGCUGAGCUCCAGCCUCUCCUCAGAUCAACACUUGCGGGUAGUCGAUUCCUGCUGGUGCUCGACGACCUUUGGCAGGCCGAUGUAUGGGAAGACCUACUACAGGCGCCCUUGGAGCGUGCAGGUGCGUUUCAUAGCAGAGUCCUGAUCACUACAAGGAAUGAAGAUGUUGCUAGAAGCAUGCGAGUGAUUCACACCCACCGCGUGGACAAGCUACCUGCCGAUGAUGGAUGGGAAUUGCUAUCUAAAAGUGUGUUCGGAGACGAGGCUGGUGAAGAUAAACAAGAUUUGCAGGAGGUUGGGGUGAAAAUCGUUGAAAAAUGCGACGGGCUUCCCCUUGCCAUCAAAGCCAUCGCGGGGAUUUUAAGAACCAAGGACGGGAGCAAGAGAGAAUGGGAGAACGUCUGCAAAAGCCACGCGUGGAACGUUAGAGGGGAGCUUCCGGAAGCAGUGAGAGGAGCUCUGUACUUGAGCUAUGAAGAUUUGCCCUCUCAUCUCAAGCAGUGCUUUCUCUAUUGCUCGCUGUUCCCUGAGGACUAUAGCUUCUUUCGUCUCGAUCUUGUUCGUUGGUGGGUGGCCGAAGGAUUCAUAACACCGCAAGGGGAUGAUUCCCUGUUGGAAGACAUAGCAGAAGAUUGCUACAAUGAUUUGAUUAGCAGAAACCUUCUUAACUACGAUCCCAAAUAUCUUGAUGGGAGCCAAUGCGUAAUGCACGAUCUGAUACGAUCUAUUGCUCUGUCUCUGACACGGAAUGAGAGCCACAUUGUAGAUGGAGCUGAACUGACCGCUGUGAACUCAUUGAAGCUUCGUCGGCUAUCAUUGCGAGCAAAAGAGCCAGAAGUUAUUUUAAAUGCUGUCCACACCCCGCUAUGCUUGAGAACUCUUCAUAUGGUUCGGUGUUCUAAGAUUGAGAUGCGCGAUCUUUCUCAGAGAUUUAAGCGUCUUCGCGUCUUGAGUCUUUCUGAUAGCAUGAUAGAGAACAUUCCAGAAUCCAUAAGUAAUCUCCAACACCUAAGAUUUCUGGAUCUUGAUCACACCAAUAUCUGUGCUCUUCCAGAAUCUCUUGGGAGCCUAACCAACCUGCAGUUUCUCCAGCUCUCAGGAUGCAAAUCUUUACAAUCCCUUCCCAAAACCAUUACUCAGCUAAGCAAUUUACGACGUCUUGGCUUCUACAGAGCACCAGUAACCCAUGUGCCGGUUGGGAUUGGAAAACUGAACCAUCUCGUUGACCUUGAAGGAUUUGUGGUUGGCUUAAAUGAUGCUGGCGAUAGCCAUCGGAGUGGAAAAGACCAACUUGGGUGUGGUUUGGACGAGCUGCAACCAAUGACUCAGCUCAGAAAUCUUAGUAUCCUUAGAUUAGAUAGGAUACUUAUUGGAGGCAUUCAACCUCUGAAAGAUAAACCAUUUCUCAAGAGACUAAGAUUAGAGUGGAAUGAGGAAGUUGGACAGUCAUUGAGCUCUGAGAGGACGCAACAGGUUUGCGAAGACUUGGCCCCUCCACCAAGCUUAGAAAUUCUUUUUAUGUCAUUCUUCAAUGGCGUCAGGUUUCCACAAUGGAUAAGCAUGCUCCCUAACCUCACUCAUUUGAGUAUCUACAGUUUCUUCUCAUGUCGAGAGCUCCCAUCUCUAGGCCAACUUCCACAGUUAAAAAUCCUCCGUAUUGAAGAUGCACCUGCCAUUGUUACUAUUGGUCCCGAAUUUCUUGGUUGUGACAGAAAGCAUACCGCCUUUCCCAGGCUUGAACAGUUGGUCCUUAUUGCAUUGCCUAACCUAGAAAAAUGGACAUUAUGUGAUGCCAAUGAGGGCGACGGGGGGAAAAUAACGACCAUCAAACUGCUACCUUGUCUUCAGAAAUUACAAAUCUUUUUCUGUCCUAAGCUGAGAGCUCUUCCAGAGGGACUUCAGCAAGCUGCUGCAUUGAAAGAUUGCUGUAUCCAUGGUGCGGAUUCCCUAACAGAAAUCGAGAACAUCCCGUCUGUUGAAAUAUUGACUGUUAGAGAAUGUCCAUGUUUGGAAAGCAUUUCGAAUCUUCCGGCACUUAGGGAGAUGACGAUAGCACAUUCUAGUAGAAUACUGAAGGCUGUGGAGAAAAUGGGGGGAUUGCAAAGUCUAAGUUUGUAUUUGGAGGAUGCCUUUACUGAGUGCCUGCCAGAGUGGUUGUUGAGGCUCAUUCCGCUGCUAGAGCUCGAGACGCUCUCGCUGUACUGCAAUGUUGCAUUGAUGGAGAAAUGUCGAGAGGGUGGAGAAUACUGGUCUCUACUCGGAAACAUUGCUGACUUCUCAGUAAGGCAUAAUAUUUGAAGUUCGGUAUAUUUCAGAUACCCAAAUGCCACCAUUACAUAUGUACCAGAGUAAUUAACCAGUAACCGACGUAAGUUUGUGUCUGUUUGCCAACCGAGUUCAAGUUCUCAGUCGUCCGUUCGUGUGAAUUGGAUCUGAUGAAUGCUGAAAAUGGCCCUCCAAACACCCGUUCGAGCUCCUGUUUGGCCUGCUUCCUUCAGAUUUUCCCCACGAACAGAUUCACACUCUGAUGCAAUCUUGGCAGUCUUGAAGAAAUUGUGUUCUGUGCUCUCCCUUUUCUGCUUCAGGGAUGAUAAAGCUACUAGUGUUAAAAGUGAAAAGAUCUAGCUGCAGUUCGUUUGUCUCUCAAUUUGUCUUAUUCUUGUUGACAAACUCGUAAUAAAGUUCAAUUUGGUUAGAGGUCGCACAAUGUUUUACUUUAAACUGGUUGAUUUAUCCAUAUUUAGU